AUGGCAAUCUGGAGCUCGAUUCUGCUGCUCACUCUGACCUCGGAGAUCUUCCGAGUAACUGACGACAUCGUCAGCAUCUACGACGGCCUCACCACAACAUGGACCUACAACUCAACGGACCCCAUCAAGGAACCAAUGGAGAUUGCUUUUUUCCAAAUCUCACACUUAGAAGAAGGGAUAGACUACACUGUAGACGGUAAGAACAUCACCGCAGGCAUCUAUACGCUGCAAAGAUCAUUCACGAUGGCCGACGGAUGGUACCUUCGUUAUACCUUCGGGGACGAAAUGUAUCUAUCGGGAAGAUUUCAGCUGACACUAGGUCAGCCAUCGAAUGCUAGUGCGAGUUCGACGAGUCCGACCGUCGGUGGGGUCACCAUCACGAAGAGUACACUCAACAUGAUCUCCACGAGUACAGGUGACGGCUCGACAAUGCAGACUACAGCUGCCUCUUCCAGUGCAGGAUCGGUUCCAUCCAACACGGCGGGUCCGACCACCGAUCCGGGUGUCAGUGACGGUCUAAGUACAGGGUCGAAAGCAGGGAUCGGGGUGGGCUGCGCUGCUGCUGUGAUUAUCGGCGUGGCAGGGUUGUACUUGCUCUAUAGGGCUAGGAAGAAGAGGGGGGAAAGUGCCGAUGAGACACCAGUCAGUACGUGGGUUGCUGAAACCUCGGAGCUGGAUGGGGGCAGCGGAGCACGGAGGCAGUAUGAAUUGGAAGGAAGUCAAGGGGUGGUGAAGGCGCAUGAGCUUCCAGCGCAGGCUGAAAUUUCACAUGAGCUGCCAGGAUGA